ACAAGGUUUCCACCCAGACAAUCGACGACAGCAAAGUACCACAACGACCUGGACAAUACGACAAAAUUAACCGAUCUCGCUUUCGCACUAAACGAACUGCAACACGCCUCGGUACCAUUUAGAAACCCAAACAAAACUCAUGCUCGGACGUAACCUAUUACAAUUUUCAGUUGUAAAAACGCAGUUCAGCGCGACACCCACACCCAUUUUACCGUCGACUUACACAUCAACAGCACUCAUAAUCAAACAAGAGCCGCGACCGUUUCAGAAAAAGUCACAAAACUACAAACACCUAGUGCCGGUUAGCACAAACGACGACUAUUACGACGUUCUGCCAGUCUACAGCAAGGCUUUGAUCGACAGUCACGGUUACGUGCGGUGCUUCGAUCGGGGUAGCUUUCCGCAUCCCGCCUCCUGCAGACGCUUCAUUUACUGCGCGAAGAUCGAUAGCGGCCAUAUCGUCGGCUGGGAGUACACGUGCCCGAAAAAUUUAAGCUUCGACCCGGUGGGCGGCAUUUGCAACUGGGCGACCGAGCUCGGUUGCGCCAGCUAAGUGAACACCGCCAACGUGCGUGCUCGUCAAAGCCAGUAAUUAGUUUUAGGUUUGUGUAUUUC